GAAACUUCCCCUGAUUCAGAUCAUGACAUGAAAUUGGCCAAGGAGAAGGUGAGGUUUCUUGUAAAGGAAUUCUCGUCGUGUUUCUCAGCUUUCUUGCAAUAAGGAGACCCAUUGGCUCUUGGAUAAUGCCGCCAUUUGACCAAGAGCGAAGACGUAGCACUGAAGAGGGGAAGCGGUUGUCAGCUUUUUCCGAGAUCAUGGCCGCUUACUGUUUACUGUCAAGGCUGUGCAGUGAAGCAGCGGUGAGAGUGGCGCUGCUUUUCAUGGGCGCCUGUCUGGUCCGCUCUCUGCGCGUUGUCGAUCUUCUCUUGCCACUCCUCGACCCCUCCCCUUUCGAUGCUGAAGCGGUUCCGCAGGCGGCCCUUUUCACGGACUUUCUCGGGUCGUGGGAGCUGGUCGUCCCGGAUGCCGGCGUCUCGGCCAUGCACAUGCAGCUGAUGCCCGGCAACAGCAAGGCCCUUAUCUUCGACAGCACCAUCUUCGGACCCUCUCAUAUCGGACUCCCGGACGGGAAGUGCCGAUACGAUCCGCACAAUAAGGCGACCCACCAGGAUUGUUGGGCCCACUCCGUCGAGUAUGACUACGACACGGGGGCCAUCCGUCCUCUCAUGGUCCUCACGGACACGUGGUGCUCAUCGGGCUCGCUUGCCAUCGAUGGACGGCUCGUACAGACCGGAGGAUUCAACGACGGUGGCCGCGUCGUUCGCUCGUACUCCUCCUGCGACUCGUGCGAUUGGCAGGAGUUUCCCCUCACGCUGACCGGCCAAAGGUGGUACGCCUCCAACCACAUCCUGCCCGACGGCCGGAUCAUCGUCGUCGGAGGCCGCCGAAAGUUUGAUUACGAGUUCGUUCCGGCGGCCGGAGAGCGCAACGUCGAAGCAUUCCGGCUACCGUUCCUCCGGGAAGCGACGGAUGCGUGGGAGAACUCUCUCUACCCCUUCGUUUUCCUGUCGACGGAUGGGAACCUCUUCAUCUUCGCCAACAACCGGGCCAUCCUUUUGGAUUACCAAGCGAAUCGGAUCGUCAAGACUUUUCCGGACUUGCCCGGCGGAGCUCGGAAUUAUCCUGGAUCCGGAUCCGCCGUCUUGCUCCCGCUAAAUCUCGAGGACGACCGGAGGCCUCUGCCGGCGGAAGUGCUCGUCUGCGGCGGUGCUCAGCCAGAGGCGUCGGAACUUGCAGCGAGGGGGGUUUUCCAGCCGGCGCUCGACACCUGCGGAAGGAUCCAGAUCACAGACCCGGACCCGGUUUGGAAUAUCGAGACCAUGCCCUCGGGGCGGGUCAUGAGCGACAUGCUCAUCCUGCCCAACGGCGAGGUGCUGCUGAUGAACGGAGCAAGAAGCGGGUCCGCGGGCUGGGGAUUCGCUCAGGAUCCGAUUCUAGAACCGGUCAAGUACAGUCCUUGGAACCCGGUCGGGACCCGGUUCCAGGUCCUGAACCCGACGACGAUCCCGCGCGUGUACCACUCCUCGUGCGCCGUGCUGCCGGACGGACGGGUGCUCGUCGCCGGAAGCAACACAAACAACGACUACAAUUUCACCGCCCAAUUCCCGACGGAGCUCCGGAUGGAGAAGUUCUCGCCCCCGUAUUUGGAUCCUUCGAUGGCGACCCACAGGCCCACUAUCAUUUCGGACGCCGCUCCGAGAGAGAUCCAGUAUGGGCAGACUUUCACGGUCCGGGUGUUCCUCCUGGAUCUGCUUGCCGGGUCUGCCGAUUUCAUGGUCACGAUGUACAGGCCGCCCUUCACGACGCACAGCUUCUCACAGAACCAGAGGAUGCUGGUGCUCAACAUCCAGGGCGUCCAGGAGAACCUGCUGCCGCUGGGGACGUACGAGAUCGCGGCGACGGCGCCGCCAGAUAACGUGGUGGCGCCGCCUGGUCAUUACUUGUUAUUUGUGGUGCAUUCUGGGUUGCCGAGUGCGGGAAUCUGGGUCCAUAUCCAAUAAACGCAUAAUGUGAAGCUUUCGUGGUGGUGGGGGAGAGGACACGAACAGAAUACUUGAGGAAAGAACAGGAGGAAGGCAGGCAUUUGUCUCGCCAUAUACAUAUAUGUAUAUUUUUUCCUUCUCUGCAAUUUUUUUUUUUUUUGUUUUUUCACUUGGUACCUUUUUCUUCUGUUGCUUUUGAUUGCUAGUAAAUUUGGGUAGCAAUGGUAGACGGGUCGAACAAAUUAAUUACUUUUUUUGUUGUUUCACAAUGCGAUCGGGAGUACUUUUCAUCUGUUCUUCCAUGACCAAACACCUCUGUCGAUGAUAAUGGCUGUAAAGGUGAAACCUGACUAUAUAUCCAUGUAGCGCUUGUUCCGGAUGGAAAGCAGAUCGCCAUGGUCCGGUUUUCUGCACCUGAAAUUCUUAUAUGAUUAAAGCAACAAAUGUAUUCUUCACAAUGGUGAUGGUACGUGAGGGGC